GGAAGCGUUCUAAUGUCCGCGCUUCUUCGCGGAGGCGUCCUAGAAAGGAAGAGAGGGAGAAAUGGCUGGAGGAGGCGAGGCGAGGUAGCUCGUAAAUCUAAAAGCCGCGCUCAGGAACCGAGGGGGCUGUGAAUAGGUGUAAAUGAAGUUGCGGCCUGCGGGCCACCGCAAACUCGACCGGACCACCCCGUACCUAUAUUUUGUCGUCCUAUGCGUGGCGCUCGGCCGCACCAAAUAAAUAGUCACGCGCGCCUACGGUGGCCUUUACUAAUACCGUUCCUACUACCGCUGUCCUCCGACUCACCGCCAACGACGUUAUCGCGCGCGACCACCUUGCACCCUGCACACCCCUGCUCCAUGCCCCCCUCUCCCUUUUCUCUUUCCUCUUCCUUUCUCCUUCUUUUUCUUUUCCCAUUUUUCGUGUUUUCUUUUUUCUCUCUUCUCCUUUCCCAUGCGCUCGCUUCGACCGCGAUAAAACUAUUUUCGAAAAUACGACUCAAACUAGAUAGCAAAUUGCCAAGACCACUCUUCUCUUUCACCCGUACGAUCCAGAUGUAAACGGAGGAAUAUCUGGAUGAUUUACUGGUCGGUCAUCUGCGAGGCCAUCGACGUUAAAAGCCAGAUGCACCGAAACGUGCCGACUUUAUUUUUACCGACCGGAGAAGCAGCAAACGCCUCUUACGCAUCCGUUUAAAUAGGUGGAUCCUUGUGUCUUCGCCGAUCGAACGAAAUCAAAUCUACUCGCGAAAGAGCGAAAGUAGAAUCGAUUAGGAAGUAUUCGCGUAAACGAUGCCUCGCGGCUACGCGCACCUGUUAGAACGCGCUAGCGCGAGCCGUCGCAAUUAACUAGGUAAUUAUCAUAAGAGCGUCGAGCCGAGCGGCGGAGAAGGUAAGUCGUAUCGUUCGUAUAGCUGCUAUAGACGCGUCCUCGCCCUCGGCGAUCGUUGCUACGACGUAACAGGCGGCUUACAUACGGCGUACGCGACUAUUCGAUUAUCGCGAGACGUUGUGUGCACGAGCCACGAGUACUUGGUUACAUAGGUCUAUAUCUUACGUGGAACGAUCGAUCGCCGAUCCGUCUUUGAUCCUAGAUCUUUCUUAAUCUCUUUUCCGUCGACGACACGGACCAAGAUCGUCGUUUAUUUAUUUUUGCGCAUCGAGCCGCCUCCUCUGCACGAUCUACACAGGUACGCGCGAAAGCGAGUAUUCCCGAGUGCUGUAAAAUAUGAGGAAAAGAAGCAGCGCGAGGGAAUACGAGUGCAAAAUCCUUUCUUUAUUCGCUCGCGACACGACCGCUUUAAUCAGCGAGACGCGAUCUACGGAUUUAUGGAGGAUCGAAUGAAUCGAAUAGCCCAGGACGCGUAGGUUUCUCUCGUUUCGACGAGCAGAUCGUACGGUAUGCGAAGGGAGUUUGUGACAGAGGAAAGAGAGACGAAUGGAGAAAAAAAGGGAGCUUGCUGGACGGUCAGUCCGUCGUCCGAGGAAGAAGCAAAGACGUUUCUUGCGUCGUUCUCUCGACGGCAGAAGCGAACGGAGCGCACCUUCGUGGACGGGCAUUCCAAAUGUAAUUGCCUUGGAUUUUGCUUGCCGACGAUAAACUGUUCGCCUCCGAGGAUCGGGGACGUCGGAGUUUAAACGAGUAGAUGCGCCGUUGUAAAAACGUAAUUGGAGUCAUUGCGCGAAAUUAGUUGCGAGCUCGCGCCAGAGAAACACGCAAAAGGAUGUGCGCGAGCAAGCCUCUUACCCUGCUCACCGUACGAAUGUCCUGCUGGCAAAAUUUCGGCUUUGUUUACCUCCUUGUCCCGACAAAUACUACUUAAUAUCUAUCGGAGGUGCCGCUGUAUAAAAAGAAAAAAAGACAAAGGAAAAAGAAAACAGAAAAAACAGAAAAAAAUGCGAGAGAGAGAGAGAGAGAGAGAGAGGCACGCGUGCACCAGCGGCGGUUGAGCGCCAGCAAAGAAAUAAAAGUGGGAAAGAGCGACGGUGGGCACGAGUUCCUUGCUUGCUUUGGCAGAGGGGUGGGGGUAAAAGGAGAGGGGCGUGGCCUCGUGGCGGGGACCGACCCGCCUACCACCGGCGCUUCCCCCGACGACCACGUGCUCGCGUUUGCUCACCGAUGCAAAGAGUUCCUUCUUCUCGACGCGACGACGUCGAUCGAAGCGUCUCGGCGCACUAUCGCGACGGAACGUCGAAGAAGGUGACGACGAAAGAGACUCUCCAUGACUCGCUCGCGACGCACGACGAAUGACAAAGGUUGCAAAAUCGUACAGGAGCGAGAGGACGAGAUCGAGCGUCUCGUCGUUCGUUAAGUCGUAUCUCUGCUUUUCUCAAACUAGACAUAUGGAAGGAAUAGAGGGGGCGCGAAGGCUGCUCCUUCGAGAGGGAGGAGAACGGUAGCGAGAGAAAGAGAGCGAGAGAGGCGGGCCGAGAUUCGAUCGGUCUGGGGGGGGUCUCGAGGGCCUCACCGAUUCGAUGGAAGGGGAGAAGUUUCUCUCUCUCUUUCUCUCUCUGUCUCUAUCCUUCUCUCUCCUGUCUUCGCGAGGACGAAGAGGAAGCUACGGAGGUGGGAGGUGAGAAGGAGGAGGAGAGAUCGGCUCCUCCACGGAGGAGCGCGUGCAGUCGGCUAGCCGAGGCCUAUACUUGUCCGUCGAAGGGAAUUGGUCUUGCAGCGAUUCUUCAAAGUAUCUCUCGAAUAAUCCGUGCGCGAGAAGAUAAGGGCGUCGGAUAGAGGCGCGAUUCGAGACGCGAGAAAUCGAGCGCGUUCGCUCGCUACCCUUCGCUUCCGAACGAGAUAGAGAUAGAGAGAGAGAGAGAAAGAGAGAGAGACAGCGAAAGAGAGAGAGAGGGAGAGAGAGCAAGGUCGCGAGGACGACGAGGUGCGAGGAUAGAGAAUAGAGGGUGCCAGGUAGAAUUCUCGCCUCCCCCACCAUCGACUCGACUCUUCCGAAGCAUCGGCGUGCCGCGCGACGACACCCACCCCUCGAAGGAAGGGCCCGGAGGGUGAGUUUCCCUGCCCCGAGCAGACCGAUCCUCGGACCCUUCCGCAGUCGGUCACGCUGGACUCUACCGAGCGCAUUACGAGUCUUGCCUCUCUCUUCUCAACGACGACUACUACGACGACAACGGCGACGACGACGACGACGACGACGACGACGACGACGAACGAGGACGACGAGGACGACGACGACGACGACGACGACGACGACGACGACGACGACAAAAGAGAACGAAAAAAAUAAGGAGAGAGAGAAUGCGCUCGAGCUGACGAACGUUCGUUCGCUCGUGCGCGCAUUCUUACGAAGGACGGUGUGAUGUUGGACGGACGGUGAACAACGAGUUUGGUGCGCGGUGUCCUAUCACGCUAUUACGGAUAUCUCUAGCACUCUUCGAGCUACUCCAGAAGCCACGAUAGCCGACAUUACGGCAAAUCGAGAUCGUUGGCCCACCAUGAGACUCUGGCUUUUCCUCGGUGCCCUCGGCUUCGCGACCAACGCGGUGCUCGCCGAAAUUACGAGAAACAAGAAUCGCGGAAGGGGUUCUAUGUGGUGGGGAAUCGCCAAAGCAGGAGAGCCGAAUAAUUUCCUACCGUCGCUCCAUAUGGAUCCCACCGUUUAUGCGACCUUGAGGAGAAAGCAGAGACGGCUGGUCAGAGAAAAUCCAGGGGUACUUAUGGCGGUAGCCAGAGGUGCCAAUCAGGCGAUCGGCGAAUGUCAACACCAGUUUCGUAAUCGUCGUUGGAACUGUUCGACCAAGAACUUUCUCAGAGGGAAAAAUCUUUUCGGCAAGAUCGUCGAUCGAGGAUGCCGAGAGACCGCCUUCAUCUACGCCAUCAUGAGCGCAGCUGUGACUCACAGCAUCGCGAGAGCGUGCAGCGAGGGCAGCAUCCAGUCGUGUUCCUGCGACUAUACCCACCAAUCGCGCGCACCCUCCGCCGUUCGAGACUGGGAAUGGGGUGGCUGUUCGGACAACAUCGGAUACGGCAUCAAGUUUUCCCGCGAGUUCGUCGAUACCGGAGAACGCGGCAGAAAUCUUCGGGAGAAAAUGAACCUCCACAACAACGAGGCCGGUCGAGCGCACGUAUUCUCGGAGAUGCGACAAGAGUGCAAAUGCCACGGCAUGUCUGGUUCCUGCGCGGUAAAGACCUGUUGGAUGAGACUUCCCAACUUUCGCGUGGUCGGCGACAAUUUGAAGGAUCGCUUCGACGGAGCCUCCAGAGUGAUGGUCAGCAAUUCGGAUCGAGUACGAGGCAACAGCAACGCCAUCGUGAGCAACUCUGCGAGCAACUCGGUUCACGGACAUCGAGACGGUCUGGGACGUCGUCAUCGUUACAAUUUUCAGCUUAAACCGUACAAUCCGGAACACAAGCCGCCGGAGCCCGAGGACCUCGUCUACUUGGAUCCUUCCCCACCGUUUUGCGAGAAGAAUCCGAAACUGGGAAUUCUCGGUACGCACGGCAGACAAUGCAACGACACGAGCAUCGGUGUCGACGGUUGCGAUCUCAUGUGUUGCGGAAGAGGUUACAAGACUCAGGAAGUGACGGUGAUGGAGAGGUGCGCGUGUAUCUUCCACUGGUGUUGCGAAGUCAAGUGUCAACACUGCUGGAGGAAGAAGACGAUACACACGUGUUUGUAGAGAGAGAAAGAGAGAGAGAGAGAGGGAGGGAGAGAGAGAGAAAGAGUUCUCCGUAUCGCGAAACUAUCGCCUUCCGGGCGAAUGCCGACGUUCUCCCGAAAAAGAGAGUAUUUCUACUAGCCUGCUCUCUUUCCCUCUAAAGGACCGAUUCCUUCCUGGCGAAGGACAUUCCGAGCCUCUCGAGAAGCUCGGAUGCCGAGGCUCCUCCUCCUCGCUCUCCUCCGCCUCCUCCUCAGUAUUACGCGACACGAUCUAAACUCUUAACUAUAUAUUUAUUGCGAUCUAUUAAAGACUGACUCCAAAUGCCCGGGAUCGUUCUCGAGCGAUCCAUCUUAUCGAAGACGUUAAAUGUCGACGAUCGCGGUUGCGUUUCGUUUGUAAAUACAGGAUUAGAAGAUUAGACGAUAAGGACGACGAAGUUAUUCCGAACGUCUGCGCGAGCUUUUACGAGGAAAACAAUAACGAUCGAUCCGACGUUUAUUUAUUUUCAACGACCUCUCUAUUUCCCUUCUUCUUCUUACCUUUCAUCGACGCGCGCUCGAAAGCCGAACGCGUCUAACCUGUGCGUGUGCGUGUAUGUGUGUGCGUAUGUAUGCGCGCGCGUAUGUGCGCGUGUCUGUACAUAGACGGAGUACGAUCCUUUAGGUUUUUAACAAAGUAUUAUAAAAGAUGCGUGAAGCUACCAUUGUAAAUAAUCCUUAGGCUCGUAAUCCAAACCGGUCGAUAAGUUAUUUCUUGCGGAUCCUCUUCUCUCGAUCCUAAACAUAAGAAAAAAUCAUUACCAGUGUCUUGUAUACUUCGGCUUAUUCCUUCUUUUCUUUCUUCUUUCCCUUCAAUCGAGAAAAUGGUGAUUUCAAUAAUGUGCAUAAUAGAUGUAUUAAUUAUUAUUAAUCCUAAUUUAUACGAAUAAAGAUAUCGACGAAUAAACGAUGUAA